CCCUAAAAUGUUCUGGUUUCAGCCCACUGUACCAGACUGUACUUCUGUCCCUUGUGGAAUUCAUUGAUAGCAUUUGUGUGUAUCAAAAGUUAAUAAUUAAUUUCCCCGUUUGAUAGCAGAUAUAAUACAAAGGAGAUAUUAUUUACCAGUUGCAGCAAAUUAUAUAAAAUUCAGUUAUAUAGCCAUAAACAGUUUGCAGUAGGGAAAUAUGAAGCCAUGUUUGAGCUAUGCAGUGUUUGCAGCUUAUUUAAAGUCAGAUAGUCCAGCAGCAGGCGAGGCUGUCUGUCUCACACAGGUAGGAAAUGCAAAUGAGAUCAGUUAGAGCUGCUCUUCACAUUCUCUCUCUAUCGCUCACUUUCAAUCUUGAAAACCAUUUGCAUCCAAAGACCGAAACAAAGACAUUUCCCCAUGACUUGAGCUGCGAGACUCGACCCCAAAUCAUGACAAUGAGCUUCUUUGGAAAACUGAAGAAUCUACACAGUGGACCUCCAGCUCCACCCAGAAGGACAGAUGACAAUGCAGGGUUUGGGUGGCCACAGGAUGAGUUUGAUGACGAUGAAGGUGACAUGUAUGAAGCGCCUCCCUGUGAGCGUCCGGCUGUGAAAGUCCCCCCGAGAGAAGAGGAGGAGAACGUUUAUCUGGAGACCAAUCCUGCUAUUCCGCAGAGGCAGGCUGCACCUCCACCCAGAUUAGGCAAACCCUCGAAACCUCAACAGCGUGCAGAGGAUUUCUUCUAUGAUCCCAAAACCAAGAAACCACCUGAGAUAGACAGAAAUGAGAAGCCUGGGAGAAAGAAGAUGAUGCCUCCUCCACCGGUCCGCUGUGCUCCUGCUCCAGGCCCUGCAUCCAACACUGAAGAAGAUGUGUAUCUGGAUCCAAAUGAAGAACAGGAAGAUAAUGAUGAGCUGUAUUUAGAACCUACAGCUGCUUGCCCUCCUGCCACUCGUGGGCUAAUGAGGAUGCCUCAAUCAGCAGCAUUUGUACCUUCCAUACCUUUGAUGAAGCCUCCGGUUCCCAGAGCUCAGUCUAAUUCAUUUUUGCCUUCCUUGAAUGAGUUGACAACGGCGCCUUCAGCGCAUGGCACAUUUUCUACCAAACUCCCUCCACCAACUCCCAGUGUUAAGCCCCGUCUGCCAGCAAACCUGAAGGAAGCCAAACCCAGCCUUCUGAAUCCUCCUAUGGCAGACACAAAGCCUGUGGCCACCUCUGGUGGUAUGAGGGCAACCAAACAAUCUGGGAAUGAGGACAAAGAAUGGUUUGCUGGAGAUUGUAACAGAAAGACAGCUGAGGAUCUCUUAUUGAGGGUCAACAAGGACGGUGCCUUUCUCAUCCGUCACAGCUCAUCCCAGAGUGCCCGGCAGCCCUACACCCUCGCUGUGCUCUACCAGCAGAAGGUGUACAACAUUCCCAUCCGCUUCCAGGGAGAGACACAAGGUUACGCCCUCGGAAAAGAGGGCAAGAAGAACGAAGAGAUUUUCGGCUCCCUUGAUGAGAUGAUCUCUCACCACGAGAAUAACCAGCUGCUUCUGAUAGACAGCAAAAGCCAGGCCAAGCACACAACAUAUUUAACCCACCCUGUACACCCUUAAAACCACAGAACUGGGAGCUUCUCUCAUGGUAUAUACAUAUGAGUUACACAAGGAUAAUUGCAGUUUAAAAGGUUUACUGUAGGUGUACUGUGUGUCCUAGAAAUGUAAUUAGAACUAUCAGUGAUACACCCAAAGUACUGUUUUCAUGAUGUUGUUUAUAAAUUGAAAUAAACAAUGCAAACUCUUACUGCACUGAACCAUUAGCAGAGAUUAUGUAAAUGUCACAAACAGUUGCUCCAAAAGUUACACUCAGGUAAAUGACAGCUUUAACUUACUGUAAAGCUCAGAGAUCCUAAAGUUAUGUUGUUUGACAAAGUGAUUUUUCUGUUUUGUCAUCAUUUUAGCAACGAUUGCUCAAGGUUAAAUGUUCUCUUGUGAAAAGGAAAACUUGUCUCUCACUGUAUGUUUUCACCUUCGGAUGAAGAAGGGAUGAUGUUACCUUCAGUUCGCUGUAUUUCACUCACUUUUAAAUAUAUAAACAGUAUGUCUCUGCUGUUACGUGGUAUCAAACCACAUCACAAGAGCCUCCCAAUUUGCAGCUAAAACCUUCACGCUAACUUUGUGCCUCCUGCUCAUUUCCAUUUUUACUAUAUGGUCAUGUGUGAUGAGUCGUUGAGAUAAAUGUCUCCAUGAAUCAUUUUAUUUUAGUCACGAGUACAGAUUUGGGUGUUUAUCUUUUUCCAAGUUUAGUUAAGUUUGAUGACUUUGAUUUUGAAUAUACUGUCAGUUACAGGUUUCUUUUCUGUGUUAUAUUGUAGAUAUUGUGCAAUACAGUCAAGUCAAAAUGCAUCUUUGCAUGUUUUUAUUUUAUUUCUUUUACUACAGUUUCCCUAUAUAUUUAUUGUUGUUGGCCAGUAACCAUCUGGUCUUUAUUUGUU